AUGAAGCCAAUUCCCCAUUGUAAAAAUUCCGGAAUCAACGGUUUGGCUUAUGUACAGUCCGCUUAUAUUAUGAUUAAAUUUGGUCAUAAAACUGUAAAAAGGAAAGAGCUGACACCUGAAGGAUAUAGCCAUGAUUGGGAAGUUUAUGUUUGUGGUCUUAAUAAAGUAAAACUGGAUGAAAUUAUCAAGAAAGUCAUCUUUAAUAUCCAUGAAGACUACGCGAAACCUCACAGGGUCGUUAAGAAACCUCCAUACAAGGUUAUGGAAUCUGGAUACGGCGGGUUUGAUAUGACAAUUAAUAUCUACUUUAAAUGUGAUGAUGUCGAACAUCAAGAAUACAAGAUUCAAUACGAUUUAACAUACCCCGAAAAUAAUGAAAUCAUCGAAAAUCAUAUUCUGUUAAAAGCUGGAGCUUCAAUCCAAAAUGUAGAAACCAAAACGUCCAUUUACCAACCCGGAGGAGAGAAGAUAUCCAAAAAUGGUAUGAAAAAUAACGUUAAACCUAAAUUAAUAAACGAAGGUCAGAAUAAACGACCAAACCAUGUUAGACAUGAGACACCAGAAGUAAAACCUUCAUCGCUAGAGUGUACCUCAGAUCAGAAACAUGCACACAAGAAGAAAAAAUUGAAGAUGGCAGAUCAUCCUAAGAUUGAAAGUGACAACUUAUCAGAACACCGAUCAAAAUAUGAAAAUUCCUCGUCCUUGAACACAAGAUUAAAAAACGGCAAAACCUCUAAAGAAAUUAAACUUGCUGCAAAGUUAGCAAGUAGCUCUAAUCGGAAAUCGACCGCGUCAUUUAAUAUUGCGCUAGGUUCUUUAAUCACACAAUCCAAAGAUUAUUCUAGCGAUUCAGAAUUGGAAGAUAAUUUUGUUAAGAACUCAGUGAAGCUUUCAAAAAUGAGAAAGGAUGUAAGUUUUGAUAAAAAAUCGAAUGGUACAAUGCCCAAAAAGAAGAAAUUUAAAAAAGACAAACUCGAUGGACAUUCUGCUAAAAAUAGCUUCUUGUCCAGUAUUUAUGACAGCGAAAGUGAGUCAGAAAUUAAGACUAAUAAUACAAAAUUCUUAAACGCUGCAAACGAUCGAUUACCGGUUAAUACAGAUACAAUUAAUUUCAAUAAUGACGAUAAAAGAAUUGAUGUUCACGAUUACUUCAGUCAAUCUACUUCUUCGUCACCCUUAAAUAGCCAGAAAUCGUCAUCGAGUUCGUCAUCCGUUGAUAGAUAUUUCAAGAAUCCCCAUGAUCAUGCAAGACUUGCUAAACUACAUCAAAUAAUCAUUUCAUUAAAAGAUGACGAACUAAUUAAUGGCGUUGCUGAUAUAGUUUACGCAAGCGGAAAUUACGAAAUAUGUAAAGAAGUUCAAAAAUUUCAAUUUAAACUUGAAGAUUUGAGUCAAAAAACUCUUUGCAAUCUUGAAAAAUUAGUAUAUAAAUAA